GAAAACUGGACCCCUGCAGGAACCAUCUACUUCAACAAGCCCUGAUCAUCAGGUGCCUGAUAUCAGAGCUUUUCUCCUGGACAAACAGGAUCCACAUCAUCGCGUCACUUUGAUCCUGCAGCCGGACCAUGGUUCUGUGUGAGGACGGAGAGUGCAGCGUGUGCCUGCUGCCCUACUCUCGGACGGACAGGGUCCCCAGGGUGCUGCACUGCAGGCACACUUUCUGCCAGCUGUGCCUGGAGACCAUGUCCCAGGCCCAGAGCGGGCUGCUCACCGUGGGCUGCCCUCUGUGUCGACGGGUCACCGGCGUAGGACGGGGCCUCGGCCUGCAGGAAGCUCUGUGGGUCGACAGCAAGCUGUGGGAGCAGAUACCGGAGGAAGAGGACGCUGAGGCAAAGGAGGAGGAGGAGGAGGAGGAUGAACUAAAAGCAGAAGCUGAGGAGGAGGGGACGGAGUCCAAACAGGAGUCCUCGCUGCGGGCAGAGUGUGCUUCCUCCAGGUCUGCCAGAACAAAGCUCAAACUUCCUGGCUUCUUCAGGAAGUUCAGUUUAACCAAGCAACACCAAGAGAGGAUUGUGCCCUGCAGUAAUGUGGAAGUGAAAUCGUGGCGCAGGCUUUCAACUGAAGAGACUGUUUAAGAAGGGAGGAGGUGAUGUGCCAGAUCCUCUUAGGAUGUUAUUAGCAGAUGCUAGACGCCACAAGAAGACAACUCACCCCUCUGAAGGGAGAGAGUCCAGGCCGUUAGAGCCAGGAAUCCAUUUGUGUUGCUGUCAGGACUUUGUUUGUCUACAGCCAAAGGUGCCCCGUGUCCCCAUUAUUUAUUCUAGGCCUAAUUCCCCCAGCUGGUGCGUUUGGUUCAGCUGUCCCAGGGGGACUCACACCCGGAGACCCGUGACAGAUGGUCUCUGAGUACCUUUCCUUCUGAACGUUAAACAUAACUUAUUGUUUUUUAUUUUAUUUAUGAUAGCUAGUAG